CAUAAACAUGGCUACCACAUCACUUGUUUACUAGUAAAGUUAACAAUACUGAUAUACAAUAUUGUUGUGAAUUUUUGUACCACUACCAGUAUUGUUUUUUUAGCAUUGUUUACAGUUUGCACGGUUAAUCAUGAAGUUUGAUCUCCAUAGUUUACAAUGAUGUGGGACGUACAGCGGACUAAAGAGUUUAUGGAGGAUGAAACGAAUUGUGGUCCGCUUUGUCAGCACCCCUCUUGUUGGAGUUCUAGUAAUAGAAAAAUCAAAGGAAUACCCCACUAUGCACCAAGAAUACCAUCACCAGAUAGUAUUGAAACUGACCUUCCAACGGUCAAGGUUUAUAAUAUGUUGGGAGAUUAUGGGGAUGAUGAGAAAGAUUUAUAUCCAGCAAAGCAUUAUGGGAAGCCUGCACAUACCAGAAAAUCUUCAUUACCUUUGGUCAAAGAUGGAAUGACUAAGAGUGCAAGCAGCGGAUUUAAACCAAAGGCCCCAGCAGGCACCCCGAUAUCUAUUGACACAAGGACAGUUAAGAAACCAGUGAAGGUUGUAGAAGUUCAGGAAGUAUUUGAUGUUGAUGAUUUAAACAGUACAUGGGAUAAUGCAUUUGUACCAAAGCAGUGUCUCGUUUGGGUUCCUAAUCCUAAUUAUAAAAGAAAAGUUACACAAGACCAAAUGGCAUCGAUCAACCAGCUAUCCCAAGGAUCUAAACCUAAGCUAUUACUAAAGGACAUUACAGGUGAUAUGUUACCAACAGAUCUGGAUUACGAUCAGAUGUCUUUUACAAGGAAAGAGAGCCAUUACAGUUUUAUCAGUGAUAGAAGAAGAGGACGAUCCCCACCCCCCUCCAGUAGAAUGAUUACCCCCUACAGCAGAGGGACACUAAACUACCGGUCACAAGGAGGUAGAAGACCACAGUUUAUAUUUGAUAUGGAAGGCAAUCCUGUAUAUGCAGAGCUAGAUGAAUUAUUGGAACUUCCACGAGAGAUACUGAUACAGGUACUGGACAAUGCUAAACCUAGUGAUUUCACAUCCAGGGAGGCCAUGCAUGAGCUGAUAGAAAAGUUUUUCCCAAGUUUUGAUAGAGGAAUUUCUAACCUUACAUCAACUAGUGUUGAACUUUUGCAACAAAAAAAGAUGAAUAUUCACGAGGGAAAAUCCAGAAAUUUAAGAACUGGACAUCUUAUAGAAACCAAACCAGUAUUUCACUUAGAUGAGGAUGGUGUUGAACAGCCAAAACAUAUUGUGGAUGCUAUUAGUGAGAGGAGUCAUCAACCACUAGAUAGUGAAUACGUAGAAUCAAUCAGGGAUUUGUACAUAAACAGAAAAAGAGAAUAUAAUCAGAAGAAACCCUUACCUCCAAUUGGUCAUGAUCAGCAAUUGGUCAAAAAGAAGAAACCUAAGAAAGUUAAAAACCAGAAAACCAAGUUAGCAUCAAUAUCACUUGGGUUACCAGAGUUACCAACUGGUGUGAAACAUACAAAGUCAUUUACAUAUAACAAGAAAAAUUACCAACAUGUUGAUCUUACUAUUGCUCCAGUACCAACUCCACCAGUGAGUGUUCGGGAGUCUGAAAGUCAGGCGUCAGAACAUGGUACAACUGUACGAGUUAACAUUCCCUCUGUGGAGUCUGUGAGAAAGGAAGCAUUACAUGAUGAAGGAGGGUCUACAGAUACACCACAUUCUUCCAGAUCUGGACGUGAAGCAGCCCCCAUGCAUACUGUAUCCCCUGCCUUGUCUACUAAAGUACCACAUGCUCCUGCUACAACUCCAGCAACACACCAGACUCCUACUGGUACCUUUAGCAGAGAUACCACAAUGAGAUCAAAUGUUCAAACCAGAGGAGAUACCAGAGAAGGUGUAUCAUCACCAACACAAAAUAUCAGAGCUCCUACCAACUCACCAAGGCUGUCUCCAGAACCAACAGGAGGUCUUGAUACAAUUAAGGAGGCACAACAUGAAGGUGGUAUGGAUUCAGCACAUCCUGUUUCAAGAGGAGGAAGAAGUGUCAGAUUUUCACAGGAUGUUCCAGAGGUUCCAGCACCUCCGUCAUCACCUGACAGGGAAAUAGAGGCACCCAGAUCUAGUGUUACAACGCCCAUGGAACAACCUGAAACACCAAAACCAACUUCAGGCCAUACUAUUAGGUCCAAUAAAUCAACUGUUAAUUCAUCUGUCAAAGAAAAUAGUGAACUUGAACUGAAACCAAUUGUGUCAAGGUUAAAAGAUCCAUCAACAGUGUCUACCCCAGAACCAUGGCCCUCUGUUAAUGAGGCAGAUUAUGAUAUGACCCCAUCAGGAACAAAUGCUGGACUUCAUGAAAGUAGUCAAAAUACUCACUCAUCUAGUGUUAACCUGGAUUCUAGAUUGGCAUUGGGAGAUCCAAGCUCCAGGAAUUAUACCACAGCUAAUUCUACAGUAAGGUCAGAGGCCAGUAGUGGAACAUCACUUACAAGUAGGAAUGCCUCUACUAAAGGGGAAUCUCCUGCUCCCCCGCCACCAUCCCCGGAAUCUAAAGACAAAAAACAGGACAAUCCAAAAUCUGGUCGGAAACGAGAACUAUUAUCUAGGGAAUCUUCUAUGGCACCAGUUAUUGAGGAAAAAGAUGAAGAACAUGAAGAUACUCAUGUUAGAACUUUGGUUGUUGAAGUACCACCCCUUGGACAACCUACUGAAAAACCUAAAGAAAAGAAUCACAGAACAACAGAUACAUUUAUUAAUAUAGACAUUCCUGCAAUGACUAUGGAUGAACUGAGUAUGGAAAAGUCAAGGUCAGAUGUUAGUCACAUGACUGAAAUUAUUGAGAGACCAGGAACUGAGGAAAAUGAAAGUAGUGGUGGUACAAUGGAUGGACACACUAUAAAUACUCGUGAUGCUGUACUGUCAGUUCAGACCACCUCUGAAGGAGAACCUAAUCUUGAUCCUGAUUCUCAAUCAAAUAUGGAUUCUGCUGGAGUCACACCUUCUAUGGGAGCCAACGAAUCUCCUACAUCUACUAUUCCAGAAAACAAACUCAAAAUGGAAGAUUUAAAAUUUAUGGACCAGGCUGCGGAUGAUAAUGAUGAGAAGGAUGAUAAGGAGACAAAGAAUGAGACAGAUGAUAAGGAUGAGAAAGAUUUGGAAAUGACAGAAGAAGGUGGAGACCAUGCUGGUUUUAAACAUGAACUACAGGAAGAACUAGAAAAGUUAUCCCAAAAAGAUCCCAAAGAAGACAAUGCUGAAUGAACAAGAGAGCUUUUAUAUUUUAUAGAGAAGUGAAAGAAAUAUUUGAAAUCAUUAUAAGCAUUAAUUUUGAUACUGCCAGUAAUGAUGAAAUGAGAUUUUGAUGUAUUAGAUACAUCAUAGUUUAAAUGAAAUAUUGAUACUGAUAAAAAUCCAUUAAAUGUUCAGUAUAAAAUUGAAAUUGUGAAGCCUCUUUCAUAAUUAUCAUUAUAUUGUAGAAUGAAAUUCACAAUCUUUGUGCACUGCAAUAUGCUUUUUCUGUAACCAGGGUUACUAAAGCCAUAUAUUGCAUCAAUUGAUUAAAAUGUGUUUAAAUCCUAAGACAAUUUGAAAAAUCACAAUUGUUGUUGCAAUAUGAUAUUUUGUGAAACCAAAUUUAUGGAAAUGAAUCAGUAUGAAUUAUAUAUUAUAUAAACAUUUGAUUCCAUUUUAUGAAAUGUGUAGGUAUUUGUAAAUAUGAUAAUUAUAAUACAGAAAUAUUAACAAAUGCAUUUUCACAGAUUUUUCUCACAUUAAAUUUCUACAAGAUAUAAAUAUAUAAUCUAAAUUUAAUGGACAGAACAUAUGUUUGUAAGGAUUACCUAAUAUUUAAAACUGUUUUUAUUUUUUCAAAUGUAUUAUGUUACUUUGAUAGCAAAAAUCAUUUGAAGAGAUCUAGUUUUGUUUUACUGAAGUACAUGUUAAAUAUAUGACAGCUUUAUGACUGUAUGAAAUGUCAGUAAGAUUAUAAAUUAUGAAGUCCAUGUAAAACAAUCUCAAUAAAUUUUGUAAAUCAAUUUUUAGGCUUGUUCUAAAGCCUUAUUGAUUUGUGAUCAUGGCAACAAGCAAUUUUGAAAUAUUGUAAAAUAUUGUUUUUUAAAACUCCAUGUUAAUAUGAUUAUAAUUGGAUUUUUCUGUUUAUUUUUUUAGAUCAAAACAAGGUUUUUAAUUUAUUUAGAUGUACAAUACUGAUGACUUAUAGAAAUAGUUUUUAUUGAUUUAAUUUUUUUUUCAAAAAAAAAAACCAGUGCAAAGAAUAAUUGAAAAUAUUUUUUAAAAUCCUAUAGGACUUAAAAUAUCCAUUAUGUGGCAAAAAUGAAAUAAAAA